AUGGCCUCCAUUGAAUCACUCCUGAACCCGCUCCCAGACCGAAUCGGGUCAAAACACCACCAUGAAGAUGAAGAUGAUACGAAUAUCUCCUAUUUCCAUCGGUCCAGCAUAUCAUCCCUCCCGGAUCGCCGAGAAAGCACCGCUUUCAGCCAAUCUAAAUUCCAAGCUCCGCCCAACAAAAAGCCAAGGGUAGCAAAAGACGCCCCCGUCUUCAUCCCCGGCAGCGUCAGAGGCGAAGUCCGCUAUCCACCAUGCGCCGACAAAGCCGAGCCGACAUUGGCGGAAGAACAUGCGAAAUUCAGCAUUUAUCCACCGGUCGAAGAGAUUGCAGAUUAUCCGAGACAUAUUCCGUAUAGUAGUGAGAAGAAGAGUUUGAUGGAGAAGACCGGGAGGGAAAGUUUUGAGGUGUUUCAAUAUACCUUCAAGUUGCCUGGAGAUGAAAAGACUUGGACGAUGAUGUGGGAUUACAAUAUUGGACUUGUUCGGACGACGCAUUUGUUCAAGUGUCUUGAUUAUCCGAAGACCACACCGGCGAAAAUGCUGAAUUCAAACGAAGGUCUUCGAGAUAUUUGUCACAGCAUCACUGGAGGCGCAUUAGCCGCACAAGGUUACUGGAUGCCCUUCGAAACCGCCAAAGCCGUCGCAGCAACCUUCUGCUACAACAUUCGCUUCGCACUCACACCCCUAUUUGGCAUCGACUUCUUAUCUCAGUGCAUCCAACCACACGAUCGAGCAUUUGGCAAAAUGACCAUUGAUUCUGAGAUCAUCAAGAGAGCCACCGAAGUUUCCCGGAGAUAUCGCGAAAUGGAAUUUGAGUCAAAAAGCCUUGUCCACACGCAGAACCGGUUGAUACCGCCUGAAGAUGUGGCCAGGCUUCCCACUGGUGUUGUGUGGUCUGAGACCAAUACCUGUGCCAACAAUACAUUCACACCAAUCAACCUAUCAACUAGAGAAACCGGCCGUCCACGCGUCUCCUCUCAAUCCAAGAUCUUAAUGUCAGAUACGCUUCCAUCGAUCAAGGAGGCUCUGGGCGUUGAGAGUUUUGAGUAUUUGUGCGCCAAUCCACUCAAGCGAAGAUUGUUGAAUGACGUUCAUGUCCAUGAAGAACAGGAUGCGAGGAUGAUUUCUUCAAGGUCUCUUAUUAGUAUGGCGAGUAUACCGGUUUCGUUGCGAAAGUUUUGUGCGGAGGAUGGCAAUGAUGAGGAUGAUUUCACCGAUGAUGCGAGCCUGGACGACGGCAAUGAAUCAUCAUACUCUGAUUCUUAUUUCGACUCCAAUUCAGAUGCUAUUUUAGAACUGGAUAUAAGCUCAGACUGCUCUACGCUGAGUUCUGAUGCUCACAAGACACAACACAGCAAGCGCGCCAAAGACCUCCGAGCCCAGAAAGAAGAUAAAAUUCACACCAAGAAACGCAAGACCACGAAACGAUUAUCUCGAACCAAACUAAAGCAAGUGGUAUCCCCCUUUUCUCCUCCACCAACUGCGCUAUUAUCGUCCUCUUCUGCAUCACCAAUAUCAGUCAAACACCAACAACAGCACCGCAAGAAGAAGAAGAAGAAGCAUAGUCGUCCCGAUGAUCUGACCGCCGCCGAGACACUGUUGGCUCUUCGCAGCGGAUCAAGUACGCUAAGCGAAAACGAGAGUGAGGAUGGGAGAGUAUCGGCCAAAAAUGCGAAGAAGAGAACCCGUUACCCCCAGCAACAGAAACAGCGCAAAGUUGCUGUUGUACGAGGAGGAUUGGAGCGGUUCAGUCUCGCGGUCAAUUCGCAGUCGGAUUUGAUUGAAAGGAUGGCUAAGAGGUUGCGGAGAGCGAGUUUUUGA